AAAAGGUUUUUCUGUAACCUAAAGUUGUUAAUUUUAAAGUGUAGAAUGGUUUAAUUGGACCGAAAAUCAUUGCUUUUGUGUAGUCAUAAGACAUUGCAACGUAUUUUUUAAAUUAGACACAAUUUUCCAUUCGGCGUAUUUCACCUUCUGUGCGUACAGUGGGGCUGGUAAAAAUGAUCUCCAAUAAAUUGUAACUCUGAAGUUAUGCAGGAUGUUUAAAGGUACCAUUGCAGGCAAAACAAUCAUGUAAUUAUGUAAAUCGUGUUGAAAAUUAUGCAGCUUUCCCAUGUAAACACAUUCCCGGUGUGAAUUUGUGUUUUUUCAACUGUACUGAAACAGCUGUCUCUGCACUCGUCAUCCGUCAAAUUGUGGUAGUGUUUGUUUAUGUAUAGGCAACAGAUCGAUAGGCGUAGCACCUAAAAGUGAAAAAUAAUAGACUUUAAGGGCUGUAAACCAUCAUUAAAUGUGAUUGUGCGAUUACAGUGGAAAUCUGCAAAAAAUGAUUCAUCUAACCGGUCAAAAUUACUCCUCCAAGGAAAUGAUACAGAACAUAUUUUCCCCCAUGGUGGGGGCCAUCGUUUCACAACAGGCGGAAGAACUGUGCCAAAAAAACAAUCUUUCGUUCGUAGAAAUGUUGCAACCUUUCCUGAAGCUGUCCUCCGAUGCACAUUUUCGUGAUAUUGCCGGAACGAGUGUAUCGAUCAAAGGAUUACGCAUCAAUGUAGUGGAUGUGAACUGGCGUCCACCUCAAACGAUUAUUGCAAAGAAAAUGCUUAAUGAAGCAGUCACCACGGCAGUUGGUGCUGAUAAGAUGAAAGCGAUCAAGCUGGACGAUGGUAGCUUCGUGGAUAUUCCGGCUUCCGAGCCCUGGUUCGAGCAGUGGCGCGAGACAUUUUUGACCGUUCAAUUUCCAUCGGAUCACGAAUUUACGCGCCAUUUGCUGUGUUCGUUGAUAGUGGUAUCCAGCAUCGAUCAGAAUCCAAUAGAGACAGCUGGCCAGUUGACGAAAAAAAUUCAAAAGAUGCAAAAUGUUACACUACCCCAACUGCCGAAGUGGUUUGCUAACGAUGCAUUGAACUGUUACGUUAUGCUGCAUGAUGGAUGCUCUGGCGAUAUUGGAAAAGCACAACAAGCCUUCGAGGGUCUAAAAUCGACGUAUGGUGAGCAUAAGUGCUUCUUGCUGCAAAUUAACUCGCAUGGCGGUCCACCAGCCGACUGCCCUGAUCCUUGGCUGCGGUACUUGAAGAAACAUCAACGGUCGGAACCGGCCACUGCAAGUGAUAUCGACAGUGCGCCCAAAACCCCUCAGGAUAUGGGUUCGGUGACGGGAAUGCCCUCGACGGUGGUGCAGUCCUCCAAUCUGCUAGUGCACGGUGGUAUUAGUAGCAGCGGCAGUAGCGCAUCUUCCGAAACGCCCCCUUCGGGGAUAGUGGUGGGCGAAGUGAUAGCGCACCCGCUCAGCCCGGUACAAGAAACGGGUAUCGAGAUACAGGAAACAUCGAGCCUUACGUCGAGCAUAGACAGCUUGACGUUGCAGACUAUAAACCCGAACGUAUGGCCCAUUGAGAGUGACAUUGAGGUAGCUCAUGGAUCGUUCCUUACGGCGGGUGAUUUGGACAAUUUGAAACAUUUCGUACAAGAUUUCACCGUACGCGCUUUGAUUCCGUACGUAGAACGGUUGGUGGGCGUGUUGAAUGAUUCGAUAUCCAACAAAAAGGGUGUCAGUCGAUCGCUGCUCAGCGCCACCAAACGGUGGUUUGUGACGAACAAACCGGGCGUGAACACGAAUCAAAAUGCGGUCGUGUAUACGAAUGAAUCGGCCGAACUGCAGACACGAAAGCUGGGUGAUCUGUACUUCAUGUUCAGCCACUAUUCUCUCGCAUUCCAGGCGUAUCAUCAAGCGAAGCGUGACUUUAACGCGGACUCUGCCUGGCAGUAUUAUGCGGGCGCACUCGAGAUGGCUGCUCUGGCCGCUCAUAUGCAGGGUACAGCCAGUCGGAAAACGUACGAUUACAUGGAGGAAGCUAUACUGACGUACUUGAACAGUUGCAAAUUGCCUCAGUUCGCUACCCGUGCCACUCUACUGUCCAUGGAGUGUUUGCGUGCGGCCAAGCAGUACAAUGAAGCAGCCAAACAGCUUAUUCGUAUGACGAGCGAGGAUUCGGAUCUUCGAUCGGCAUUGUUGCUGGAGCAAGCGUCCUAUUGCUUCCUACUGGCCACUCCUCCCCAGUAUCGCAAGUACGCGUUGCACUGCGUGUUGGCUGGCCAUCGGUUUUCAAAGGUGGGCCAGCGAAAACAUUCAUUCCGUACGUACAAACAGGCGUACCAAGUGUUUGAUAACCGAGGGUGGAGUUUGGCUGAGGAUCACAUACAGUACACGAUCGGUCGACAGGCCUCGAAUCUGAAGAAGCUGGACGAAGCGAGCAGCUGCUUAGCUCAUCUGCUGCGCCCUUCCAGCAUGCAGACUGCCACCCAGCAAACGUUGUUUCUGCGAGAGUAUCUCAGCACGAAAAAGGCACUCCAUGCAAGGGGUGGUGAAAGUGGUGUAACUGACAUUCCCACGAUUGCUCUGCCAAAAAUUGUACAGGCGAUGACGAAGGUGCUCGUAACGUCGCCACCACCGGUUUCGAAUCCGUUGCACAUUGCGGCAACCAACAUAAAUAUUACGUCUGCUCCGAUGGAGGAAAACAUUUGGAAUAAAAUGGAGGAAAUGCUGGUGCAGAGUGCAUCCGAGCGUCCGGUGAUGGUAUUCCGGCCUUCGAAAUCUUUGUUUUCCUCAGAAUCGCCUGCCACGGAAAACCCUCGUUCCGUGCACGGGGAACCGAUCGAGGUGGCAUUCAAUCUAGAGAAUACUAUCAAACCUGCCGUGCUGUUUGAAAACAUUAAUCUAUUGUGGGAAUUCCGCAAGGAGUCGGGAGAAAUUUUCUCCAAUCGGCCCCUCUUUCUUGGCGACGUUAAUUUGGAGGAGCGUUCAGAAAUUGAAAAUGUAGUUGCAUCCAGCUUUGUCGCAGUUGUUACGUUCGGUGAACAUGAGACGAAAACGCUUGUACUAAAGCUAACUCCACGAAGCACCGGUCAGCUACGGAUACUGGGAAUCGUUGGAAAAAUUUCCGCCUCUCAGCCAACCGGCACUGGUGCUGAUGCUCCGUCUCUGUGGGGCAAGCAACUGUUUGAAGCGCAACCGAUUCGGAUCGGUAGUGCCGGUGGUAAGGAUGGCAACAAACCAGCCCUAGCAUCGUCGCCGCCAGCACCAACGUUUGAUAGGAAGCUGGAGAUUGAAAUUUUGCCUCCAGCGCCAGCGUUACACGUAAGCUUCAGUCGCGCACCUAUGGAGGUGUUGGCCGGAGAGGUUAUCCCAAUCAAAAUGAACAUGACGAAUGCAGGCGUUAGCGUGCUGAACGAUAUCUAUGUUUGCAUCGAUAAUCCGCGGUACGUGCUGUUGAAUCCGAACGAAGCCGACAUACCGCUCUCGAUACGGCGCGACUUGCAGAAUCUUGACAAAGAAAACGUUGGACGCGAUCGGGAAGCCCGAAAGCAGUACGUAUGCCGUGCAUUCCGUGAGUCGGACGGAAACUUUAUUGCACCAAACGAAACGAAAACGGCCACGCUGUGGCUGCAGGCACCGUAUUCUAAGGGUCAGAAAGAUAUCAAACUGAUGAUUUACUACGCAAUGCCACAGGACUAUCCAAAGUUGAAGCACCGACUUAUACGACACACGUGGAACUUUAACGUAAACGAUUCUCUACUCGUCGAUGCAAACUGCAACUUGAGCAAUCCGACAAAACGUGAGCUGGGCAUUGAUGUGAAUGUGAAAAAUCUUAAUCAGGUGCAUCAUCCAUUAAUGACAGAGGUCGUUAUGAACGAAUUAAUUCUUUACUGCUCUGCAUACGAGCUGCAACAAAAUAGAGUAGUUUAUAUUAAAACACCUGGCCAUGCCAAAUUACAGUCUGGUGCGGGUCUAAAAACAAACGAAACGGUUAGUCUGCGCUGCAACCUGCAGCGUCGUGCGUCGGAGGUAGUUUACGAUGGAAACUUUCAACAUUACGUUUCCCAGAAGCUAUCGACUAUAUGUGUGCGCGAACCGGAAGCAGCUGCGAAGGCAACAUUACCGGCACUCGACGCCGUGGGCAGUUUUCUGCUGAAGAACGAAACCAAAUUCAUACGCGUUUAUGAACCGGGCAGCAAUGAAGAAUUCAACCAGAUCGUUAACCAACGCGAUAGCCAUAUGACGCUGUGCGUUAAUUGGUCCGCGACGAUCAACGACAAUGGGGCAUCGCGCAAAGCUUACGGACAACACUUUGUGCAGCUGAGAAAUCUUUACGAUUCUGUGUAUUGUCCACCGUCAGAACGCUUGCAGCAAAUAACGUUUACAGGCCAGUCGGAUGUGCAUGCUAUAUUUGAUGAUUUGGAAAAGGUGAUGCCUGUUGAAAACGAUGAUAUUGAUAAUGGAUGGGGAGUUAAUCAAAGCUAUGUGGCACAUAGAUGCUUCCUGGAGGAAAGCUUCCAUUCAGUAGAGCUGAGAGCGUAAAUUAUAAUGUCCUGCAAACGUCCUAUGUUAGACAUCUUUUGCAUUAAAUAAAGUAAUUUUAGAAUCAGAAGCAACUUU